CGUGACAUUUUGUAGGAUAUAAAUUUGACUCUUAAACAACUUGGACAAAGAGUUUUCAUUUUUCACUCCAACGCCACUGCAAAGAAAAAGAAGAGAAACUAAAAUGGGGUCUACACCUACAGAUGAAACUGAUAAUAGGAUGCAUGAGCUCAAAGCUUUUGAUGAGACAAAAGCAGGUGUUAAAGGUCUUGUUGAUGAAGGUGUUCUCAAAAUCCCAACCAUAUUUCAUCAUCCACCUGAUAAGUUCUCAAACUCCACAAAUUCAACCAACACACAACACAUCAUUCCUGUUAUAGACUUUACAAAUACAAGGCAAGAUAUUAUAAGCAAAAUAAAGGAAGCUUCUGAGACAUGGGGUUUCUUUCAAGUGGUUAAUCAUGGCAUCCCCUUGAAUGUUCUUGAGGAUAUGAAAGAUGGUGUGGUUAGAUUCUUUGAACAAGAUACUGAAGUCAAGAAAAAGAUGUAUACUAGAGAUCAAACAAAACCAUUGGUUUAUAAUAGUAAUUUUGAUAUGUAUAGUUCACCGGCACUUAAUUGGAGGGAUACUUUUGUACGUAAUGUUGCUCCUAAUCCUCCUAAACCAGAAGAUUUGCCAGUAGUAUGCAGGGAUAUAGUUCUAGAAUAUGGAGCACAUGUAGAGAAACUAGGAAUGACACUGUUUGAAUUACUAUCAGAAGCUCUUGGAUUGAGUCCUAACCAUUUAAAAGAUAUGGAUUGUUCUAAGUGGAUUAUGUUACUUGGUCAUUACUAUCCUGCUUGUCCUGAACCAGAAUUAACUAUGGGAACCACCAAACACUCUGAUGGUAGUUUCCUCACUGUGCUGCUCCAAGAUCAUAUUGGUGGCCUUCAAAUUCUUUAUCAGGAUAGCUGGAUUGAUGUACCUCCAAUACCUGAGGCUCUUGUUGUUAAUAUUGGUGAUCUUUUGCAGCUUGUAACAAAUGAUAGGUUCAAGAGUGUUGAACACAGAGUUCUGGCAAACACCAUUGGUCCAAGAGUAUCUGUUGCAUGUUUUCUUAGGGGUCAAGAGAAGCUCUAUGGGCCUAUAAAAGAGUUAUUAUCAAAAGACAAUCCUUCCAAAUAUAGAGAAACCACUUUUACUGAUUAUGUAGCUUACUAUGCUGCCAAAGGGCUUGAUGGCAGUUCUACUCUUCAACAUUUCAAGAUUUAAGUUGGAUAUAUAAUGUGGGAUAAGCUGGUUUGUUUAGCAUGAUAAAUGAAUAAGCUUAUAUAAUAUGGAAAACAGUAACAACUUUCAAUAUGAUUGUAGAACUUAUUUUUGGAUUUGAGUCUGUGUUAUGCCUAUACUUUGCAACACAUAUUUUGCUAAGUAAAUAUCUGAUUUUGUUCUGGUACAUUCAGUGAGAUAUUAAUUGAAGCUAGAAGCUACCACAUAUUUUUUGUUGUGGAACUGUUUUCUUACCUGCAAUAGUUUUCCUAGCUCAUAGUGAAAUUGAUGCCAAAAUGAGAGGGUUUUCAUCUAUGAAGCAUGGAUUUCGACACAGACACGCCUACACCGCUAAUAUAAAAUUAUAAGACCCCGACACCUAUAACAUAACAAAACUAUCACCUGAUUUGGAUCAUCUGAUCUCCCAUUCACCGGCUUGUUAGACCCUAUAGAUACAAUCACUCUGAGUUGUUGUCAUCAAGACUUGUUGAUCAGGUAACACGGUUGUGUUUUGUUUGUGUAGAAACUCUGUCAUGUGUUAUUCUCCAUUAUUAAGAGACAGGUUUUUGGUUCUAUUUGUGAAAUUGGUCACUUUCUUAUUAUUAAGAUUUACAAACACUUGGUAAAGUGUUUUAGUGGAGAAGAUCUCAAAUUUAUGUGGAGUUUAAGUUGAAAUUCACGCGUAAUAUUAAAAAAAUGACUCUGGAAUUGUUCAUAUAAGGCCAUUGUGUAUUAUUGAAUACUUCUUUAAUUAAUUUCGUUUCUACUUUCUCUAGACGUAAGUGACAAUUACAUCGAAAUGUAUUAACAAUUCCUAAUGUUUUUUUUAUUUAUUACUUUGUUUAAUUAUUCAUCUUUCCCUUCAUACUAUCUUGUCUCACA